GGGCGGCGGAAGAUGGCGGCCAAGCGGUCGGCCCCACCAGCGGGGCCCGGCUCUUCCUCGGCUCCGUCCCUCCCCCCCGCGCCGCCCCUUUCCCCACCCUCCCGGCCGCCUCCUCCCUCCUCCCCGGGGAGGGGAGCGGCAGCGGCUGCCCGGGCUGAGCCGGGCUCGUGUGCUCUCUCUCGGCAGGAGUCCGGGAAGAUGGCCGGGGCCGAGGCGGGGAUGAGCGGCGCCGGGAUCCAGCAGCAGCCCCAGCAGCAGCCCCAGCACCCGGCGGCGGCGGCGGACGAGUCGUCGGACAGCGAAGGGGAGCACGAGGGCCCCCAGAAACUCAUCCGGAAAGUGUCCACCUCGGGCCAGAUCCGCAGCAAGACAAGUAUAAAAGAAGGAUUACUACUGAAGCAAACCAGUUCUUUUCAGAGGUGGAAAAAGCGUUACUUCAAGCUUCGAGGUCGUACCCUUUACUACGCUAAGGAUUCAAAGUCUCUAAUAUUUGAUGAAGUUGACCUGUCUGAUGCCAGUGUAGCUGAAUCGAGCACAAAAAAUGUCAACAACAGCUUCACGAUAAUCACUCCGUUUAGGAGGCUGAUAUUGUGUGCUGAGAACAGAAAAGAAAUGGAGGACUGGAUAAGCUCUCUGAAGUCCGUACAGUCCCGGGAACACUAUGAGACGGCACAGUUUAAUGUGGAACAUUUCUCAGGGAUGCAUAACUGGUACGCCUGCUCCCAUGCCCGACCCACCUUCUGCAACGUGUGCAGAGAGAGCCUCUCUGGAGUCACUUCUCACGGCCUGUCCUGUGAAGUGUGUAAGUUUAAAGCACAUAAAAGAUGUGCUGUCAGAGCAACAAAUAACUGCAAAUGGACUACAUUAGCCUCCAUUGGAAAAGAUAUCAUAGAAGAUGAAGAUGGUAUAGCUAUGCCUCACCAGUGGUUAGAGGGUAAUUUGCCCGUCAGUGCCAAAUGCGCAGUCUGCGACAAGACCUGUGGCAGUGUUUUACGCCUACAAGAUUGGAAGUGCCUUUGGUGUAAAGCUAUGGUUCACACUGCAUGUAAGGAUCUGUACCCUCGUAAAUGUCCACUUGGCCAAUGUAAGGUAUCGAUCAUACCUCCAACAGCACUAAACAGUAUAGACUCUGAUGGUUUCUGGAAAGCCACAUGCCCGCCAUCCUGUGCCAGUCCUCUUUUAGUUUUUGUUAACUCAAAGAGUGGAGACAAUCAGGGAGUAAAGUUUCUUCGUCGAUUCAAACAGUCGUUAAAUCCAGCUCAGGUGUUCGAUUUAAUGAAUGGAGGACCUCACUUAGGUUUGCGGCUAUUUCAGAAGUUUGACAACUUUCGCAUCCUUGUAUGUGGUGGAGAUGGAAGUGUGGGUUGGGUGUUGUCAGAAAUUGAUAAACUCAGCUUGCACAAACAGUGUCAGUUAGGAGUGUUACCCCUUGGUACUGGAAAUGACCUUGCUCGUGUCCUUGGUUGGGGAGGAUCCUGUGAUGACGAUACUCAGCUUCCUCAGAUUUUGGAGAAGUUGGAACGAGCCAGCACAAAAAUGUUAGACAGGUGGAGUAUAAUGUCAUAUGAACUAAAAUUACCAGCAAAGCCUUCUAUUCCUUCAGUCACUGUAGAAGAAGAGUCAGAGGAAUGCCAGAUAUCUGCUUAUGAGGAUUCAGUUGCUGCUCAUCUUGCAAAAAUUCUCAAUUCUGAUCAGCACUCAGUUGUCAUAUCUUCUGCCAAAAUAUUGUGUGAAACUGUAAAGGACUUUGUUGCCAAAAUAGGGAAGACUUACGAAAAACCAGUGGAAAAUGCAGAUGAAGCUGAUGCCAUGGCCAUUAAAUGUUCAGAGCUAAAUGAGAAGCUUGACCUAUUGCUCCAAGCGCUUCACACAGAAGCCCAGGCUGCUCCUAUUCUCCCAGGCAUCACUCCCCCCAUUGUUGAAGAAGAAGGAGAGGAGUUCUCAAGUGAGGAAUCCUUGUCUGAAAGUAAAGAGCAAUUAGCAGAGUGUGUUGCAAAGUCUUCCACCCAGAAACUCUUCAAACCAAGAGAACAGUUGAUGCUCCGAGCAAACAGCUUAAAGAAGGCUGUGAGGCAGAUCAUCGAACAAGCAGAAAAAGUUGUGGAUGAGCAGAAUGCUCAUAGUGAAGAACAAGUGAACCAGUCCCCAGUAGAAUAUAGCAAGGAGUUGGACGAAUCCAAAGAAGAGGAAAAAGAGGAAGAUACAAAGGAAUUUGAAUCCCAGCCAAGUAAAACUGCACCAAGAUCUCCCGAUCGACGUACAAGUCGAGGUAUCCAUUCUCAGACAGGUUCUUUCUCUGCUCCAGCUUUGGCUGCCAGCAAAGAGAACCUCCCUGUCCUUAACACUAGGAUUAUCUGCCCAGGUUUAAGGGCUGGCCUAGCUGCUUCUAUUGCAGGAAGUUCAAUUAUUAGCAAAAUGUUACUAGCUAACAUCGAUCCAUUUGGUGCUACACCAUUUAUUGACCCAGAUCCAGAUUCACUGGAGGGAUAUUCAGAAAAAUGUGUCAUGAACAACUAUUUUGGAAUUGGGUUAGAUGCAAAAAUUUCACUUGAAUUUAAUAACAAGCGAGAGGAGCACCCUGAAAAAUGCAGAAGUCGGACAAAAAACAUGAUGUGGUAUGGAGUUCUUGGCACAAAAGAGCUACUGCAGAGAACUUACAAGAACUUAGAACAAAAAGUUCAACUCGAGUGUGAUGGACAGUACAUCCCUCUUCCAAGUCUGCAGGGCAUAGCUGUGCUAAACAUUCCCAGCUAUGCUGGUGGGACCAAUUUCUGGGGAGGAACCAAGGAAGAUGAUAUAUUUGGGGCCCCAUCUUUUGAUGAUAAAAUCCUAGAAGUUGUGGCCGUAUUUGGCAGCAUGCAGAUGGCAGUUUCAAGAGUUAUCAAACUGCAGCACCACCGGAUAGCUCAGUGUCGGUCAGUAAAGAUCACCAUACUUGGUGAUGAAGGGGUUCCAGUGCAAGUCGAUGGAGAGGCAUGGAUCCAGCCCCCAGGAGUUAUUAAAAUCGUACAUAAAAACAGAGCUCAGAUGCUAACACGAGACAGAGCCUUUGAAAACACCUUGAAGUCUUGGGAAGACAAACAGAAGUACGAUUCCUGCAAAUCUGUCAUUCGAUCUCCCUUAUACCCUCAACAGGCUGUUGAGUUGGCUACAGAAGAAGAGGUCACACAGGUCCAGCUGUGUUCACAAGCUGCAGAAGAACUUAUUACGAGAAUCUGUGAAGCAGCAAAAAUACAUGGCCUCUUGGAGCAGGAGCUUGCUCAUGCUGUUAAUGCAUGUUCACAUGCAUUAAAUAAAGCCAACCCAAGGUUUCCUGAGAGCCUUACCAGAAACACUGCCAUGGAGAUAGCUGUCAAUGUGAAGGCCUUACAUAAUGAAACUGAAUCUCUGCUAGUAGGAAGAGUUCCUUUGCAGUUGGAAGCACCCCAUGAAGAGCUGUUGUCUGAUGCUUUGCACAGCGUGGAAAUAGAGUUGAGAAAACUUGCUGAGAUACCCUGGCUUUAUUAUGUUUUUCAACCAAAUGAUGAUGAGGAUCCCCCUCUGGAUUAUGCUAAAAGAAACAACAGAAGUACAGUGUUUCGCAUAGUGCCAAAGUUUAAAAAAGAAAAAGUUCAGAAGCAUAAGACGAGCCCUCAGCCUGUUCAAAAAUGGGGCACAGAUGAAGUUGCUGCUUGGCUGGAUCUGCUCAGUUUGGGAGAGUACAAAGAAAUCUUCAUCAGCCAUGACAUCCGAGGCUCUGAGCUUUUACAUCUGGAAAGGCGAGAUCUUAAGGACCUGGGGAUAACGAAAGUGGGUCAUAUGAAGCGAAUUCUCCAGGGAAUUAAGGAGCUUGGCAAGAACACCCAUUUGUCUGAAGUGUAAUUGUGCUGGUGCUCUCAGAAGAGAGAGGGAAUAUUGCUGGAGAAGCGAAGCUGUUGCAGGCACUUGGCUGUCUUUCUAGUUUACUGUAUGGAAGAAUAAGCGCUAGCAUGUUCGUACAGGCUAGCAUUGCCCAAUACUUGCGUGACGAAGAGCUUGUUGCAAGAGCAUAAAAGAAUUUGUGCCAAAAAACAAAAGGAAAUGGUUAUACAUUCUGCGAGGGAGUUUUGUUGGUGUUCACACUUGGCCAGUUCAGAUAAGCACAUUUUGGUAAAUCAGUUGAUGGUGAACUGCACUGACUGGAAAAUAUAUCAAGAAAUGAUCGCUUUGCUUACAUGCAGCUCAGUAUGCCUCUCUUACAACGCAGCAAGAUGCCGCCGUACAGCACGAGGUUGUCUGGUUGCCCUUCCUGGGCACAGAUCCCCUACAACUUCCUGUGCAGGAGCCUGAGAGGUGGCCGCUUCCGAGGUUCCACACGCGGGUCUGGCAAUGCCUCAGGUACCAGGCGCUCACGGGCCACGCAGGACGGGGAGAGAUACCUUCUUGUACUCUGAAUGCCAACUAUAAUGCAUGGUGUGCCUGCCUGACUUGUCUGUCGUUCCGUUGCAUGACACAUCUGAUACUUUAAACACUUGAACAACUUUUAUAUCGGUUUGAAUGAGAAUUAAUUUAUUACUACUUGAGUGUCCUUUUUCGGUUCCAGGCACUUUUCUAUUCUUCAGUGUUGUGUUAUUCCUAAAUUGAGUUCUAUAUGGCAAAGGAUGUGUGGGUGUGGAAACUUAAGCAUUUGUGCCAUAUUCAGCAAGGUAUAUGCAUUAUAUAUGACUGGGAUGUUGUACAGUUAGAUUUUUAAAUAUACCAUGUACAGAAGGUAUAUCAGGUAACUAAUUUAUGAGUAUUUUUGAAAGACCAGUACCUCACAAAAAUAUCAGUUGGCUUCCUGCAUGGAAAAUGAUAAGGAAUUUUCUCAUGGUGCAUUAAAUGUAGUUAUCCAGUUAUCUUCAACAUCUGUAGCAUAUCGGAGCAUUUAGGAACUAAUGGUUUAAUUUAUUCUGUUGUGCAAAAAGCAGGUUGAAAGAUGAAUGAAAAUUUCUUACAGGAAAAUUCGAUUUAUUUAUCACAUAUAAGGAAAGUGUUAAAAUGUAGCAGCUGAUUUGAUUUUUGUGGGGUCAGCUUAUACUCAUUACUAAUUUACUAUUAAUUUUAAAAAAUUGUAUGUAUGCAUUUCAUUACAGAGGCAUCAAUUUGUUUGUCAGCACUCCUACAUCAGUAGAUCAUAAAAAAAAUUAAGAGAUUCUGAAGUUUUACACUAUGCAUGCAAAUAUGAUUCACAUGCAAACUAGUAAUCUAUGAGUGUUAUAAGGUCAAAACUGAAAACCAUCUUUGUUUAGUAAUUGCAUUAGACUAGAGUUUAUAAGGCUAUUUACAAUUUACUUAAACAAAACAUAGCUUCAUAAUUGAAUUUCCUGGUUAAUUUCUCACAAAGUAUUAAUCUAGUAGAAAAACAACAUACAUAUAUCUAGGGGUUAAGACACACAGAACCUACUUCAGUGGCUGAGAUGAGAUGAUACUGCGUCACAUGCCAGAGAACUUGCGGAGAACUGCUUGUCUUGCUGUUCUGGUCAGUGCAGCAUUCCCACCCCAGGAACUCUUGAUUUAUGCUUUAUUGAGUAUCUUUGUCAAUUCUUACAAGUUAACAACCAUGUUAAUAUCUGUUUCUAUUUUCCUAGUAGGCAGCAGAGUAAGGUUUCAUUUGUUUUGCCAAAAGCUUUUCCUUACUUAAAGGGGACAACGCCAAGUACCACAGCCAGGUUUUGUCCUCCCUUUCUCAGGACGAUGGUGGGAUUCAUCCCUUGGGAAGUCAGAUGCACUCCCCUCAUCAUUCUAUUGCAAGUAACGUUAAAAAGGAGGAAGGCAAGCUUUGUUUUAUAUCCAUUUAUAGUACUGCAUGUUCUUCCUGCUGUAGGUUAAACCGUCACUGCUCUGGGAGCUUUGUGGACAUAAUUGAUUGUUCUGGUCAACAAACAAAAGUAAAAGGCAGUGCUCCAUUAGUUUUUUGGCUCAGAAAAAACCAAAAGCCAUUCACGAAGUGACAUUAUUUUUGUGUUGUUGUAUUAAAAGCAUAUGCAAACAAUGGAAAGGGUUUUCUUUCGUGUACUUGACGUUGGCCCCUUUAAUGAUGACCAAAUGUCAUCUGUCGAGUCUUCACAAGUUAUAUUUCCUUUUCUCCUUGUUUCCUUGGAAGCUAAGCUAUAUUUUAAUGUGUGGCGCAAUGCUAAUAUGUCAGUGUUGUGGUUGAUGAUGUAGUUAGUCCUUCCGGUCAAGUCAAGGACAUAAUUCAUGACAUUAUUUUCUUUGCUUUCCUGAUUGUGGGAUUCACUCUCACCAUAGCUUUCAGUCUUGCUAUAUGCAGUGCGGUAAGAUGGGCUCUAGAAUAGCAUCAAGUUAAGGCCAUGUGGUAACAGCUAUAAAGGCCUACACUGAGUAUAAGAAAAAAUGGGAGAUGCUUUUAGGCAGGGAGAAUGACCAAGUGUUGUUUUAGAAUGCAGCUUUCUUAUGACACUCUUAAAAUUACCUCAGUAUAGGUCAACUUGUCUUUACGAAGUUCCAUUAUUUUAAAUGACCACCAAAGAAUUCAAUUUUGAUUGUCCUAAAGCAGAGGGUUUUUUUAAAAAAAGUGCAAGUAGAAAAUGUAUUUUAGGCAACAGUUAUGCUAUAUUUAAUAGACGUCCGAGAGAGCACAUUUCAUGCAACUCUAUGCCUUAGAAUAGUUUUGAAUAUCAGUUCCAAAUGCAUUGGAAAAGGAGGCUCAAAAUAUUUUACAGGAUUUCUCUACUGAGGUCAUGUUUUGUACCUGUGUUACGAGGUGUUGCUUUGAUCAAGAUUGAUUUUGGAACACUUUGCUACUAUCUCAUGAUUAUUGUAGAUCUCCAAGUAUUGUUUUUUUCCCUACUGCUCUCAGAGUCCCAACUCCCAGAACUGAGGACACACACAGUUUCAUUUUUAACACACAGAAUUCUUUAUAACUUAAUCUCAAUACUUAAAGCACUUCAAAGCAUACUUUCUAACAUUUCAUAGAAUCAUCACAGAAUCAUAGAUUGGCCUGGGUUGAAAAGGAUAAUAAUGAUGUGGCUUUGGACAGCCUGAUCUACUGGUGUGCAAUCCUGCUUGUGGCAGUGGGGUUGAAACUUGAUUAUCUUUGAGGUCCUUUUCAACCCAGGCCAUUCUAUGAUUCUGUGAUCAUUGACUUUCAACCCCCCCUGCUAUGUGCAGGGUCACCAACCACCAGACCAGGCUGCCCAUAGCCACAUCCAGCCUGACGUUGAAUGCCUCCAGGGAUGGGGCAUCCACAACCUCCUUGGGCAACCUGUUCCACCCUCUGUGGAAAAACACCACAGGAGGAAGUUUUUCACACCACCCUCUGUGUGAAAAACUUCCUCCUAAUAUCUAACCUAAACCUUCCCUGUCUCAGUUUAAAACCAUUCCCCCUUGUCCUAUCACUGUCCACUCUCGUAAACAGCCAUUCCCCCUCCUGUUUAUGUGCUCCUUUCAAGUACUGGAAGGCCACAGUGAGGUCUCCUCAGAGCCUUUCAACACAAAGGUAAGCAACUUCCCUUGAAGUAGUUAAUUUUCUGGAAAACUAGUUAUCCCGGUAGCUUUCAGGGAGGCUAAUUCAACGUGCUAAAUUCAUUAAGACAAACGUCACUAUACUGUAUUUACUGUAUUCAUUUUUUUGUAUAGUCUAACAUACUUAACUCUACUGUCUGUCAGUGUACCUUAAAAUCCAUGAAAACAAUGCCAAGCAAUCAGCAUGUUUUGAAGUGGAUGGUAUCCAUGUAGAUGAAUGUGCUCCGCUUCAAAAAGAAGAGCAGAAGCAGGUUGUAGAAUGGCAGCACAUUGCUCAGCCUGCUUUUGUUUUUUUGUCAUUUUCCUGUAGAUUCUUCCAGCUGAUUGCAUUCAGGAGUCCUAGCAGCCUCUGAUUUGGGUGAUGCAAAUAUUGCCUUUGUAAUACAUAAUGCCUUCUUUUUAGAAACUGGAUCACAUCAGUCAAAUGUGUGUUUUUAGGUUUUUGGUAUUGAUUUUUUUUUUACAGUACUUUAAAGAGAAGCUUGUGCACAUUUUUUUUCAUAUGAUGGCAAUUGAAAAUUUUAUUCAUGAUAUAUUUUUAUGUAUUUCCCCUUAAACGACAUUUUUUCUCCCAAUUUCUGUCAAAGAAGAAUAUAUUAAACUGAUGGAAGAACAGUAAAAUGGAAAGCAGAUGUUCAAAAACCAUCCUAGACUGUGUUAAUCCAGUAUUUCUUACUUCAGGACUGGAGUAAAUAUCCUUGGGUCCUCUAAAUAACAAAUAGAAAACAUCCUUCUCUCUUCAUCCCUGCCCAAAGAAAUUCAGACUGAAAUGUUGUAUAAUUGUAAUUCAGGCAAGAGGAAUUCAUUUUUUUUAUAAUGGCUCAUUUCGUAUUUUCCUGUGCUCUUUGUAUAGAAAUACAGAACCUGCCAGUUUUUACUCUUUAAUUGAAUUCAGUAAUACUAAUUCACUUAAUGAAAAAUUCAUUAAGUUGAAUUGAUAACUCAUUAUUGAUAACGCAUAGAUCUUAUUACAGGGUAAAAUAAUCCAUGUUUCUUAUUGCAUCCAGUUUUGUUUCGUAGAAGCCUGGCAGAAAACCUUUCCACAUGUAAUAUAAAAGUAAUAUAUAAAACAAAUAGGAGAGGAAACACAGCAGUGUUGCUUUUAAAAUAAAUUUAAAACUGUAUAUUAUGCAUAGAUAAUUCCACAGUGGUUAUGUUAGAAUAAAACCUCCAGACCCCAGUGAUUCCAUUUUGCUCGAUGCUUGCUAUUAAUGCUUGCAUUACUAAUGUUCACAGCUCUUUUUCCUUUGCUCUCCCCAUUCCCCUGAGUAUUAAUUUAUUGAAUGCAAGUUUGACAGUUCUAAUAAUUAGCAGUGUAAAGUCUAUUUGUGAAAGUUAAUGUUAAAGCAGUGUAUGUUGUUGAGGGUAACAGUGCUGGAGGAAUAUAUUCUGCUUACAGCCAGGAGAUCAUCUGGUCACUUGCGUAAGUGAGAGCCACAGAAAACUGUAAGAAGCUUUUCUUCUAUUUUUUCACCCCAAUGUACCUCUCAACUGCAGUGCCCUGAGUGCUACAUUUGUGCCAUGGGCUCUCCCAUUUUUUUUGGUUGUUUUCUUAGAUUGUGUGUUUUGUGGUAUGAUUCUCAUACCAUCAAUUUUGAUGCUGCUUAUGCUCACUACUAAGACUUAAUGUUUGCAGGAACUGUACAUGACUGUGUGUUUGUCUUAAGCAAAAGGAGUUUUUGAUCACUUGAGGAAACUGAGGAGUUUGGACAGGACUUAAACUCUUCUUGCUGCCUCUUCGUAGUUGAAUGGUAGUGUCAGUAGGAUUGAUAGAGCAUCACGUGGUAAUUAUCAGCUGAAAAACUUUACUGGUUGUAUAAAUUCCUACGUUUAUAUCAAGAACACAGUGUGCAACUCAAUCUUUUUUACAAAAGGAGGAAAAAAUUCUAGUUCUUUUCUACUACUGUUGCAUUAGGUUAAAAAGCUCCGUUAAUGGUUAGCUUACGUACUUGAAAUGCUCAUUUCUGCCAUACAGAAGCCCAGACUGUUUCUCACAAAGUGUAUUCCAUUUGGAAGCCAUCUGGAGAGUUCCAGAAGGCCAUUCCUGCAUCCAUUUGGAGCUAAUACCAACAUUCAUAGUGACUUUCUUAGGCUUAAUGUGUUUGCCCUCAAGUUUGUAAGCUAAGGGAAUGAUUCUGAAAGUUGCAUUUUUGAAGUCUUUGGAACUAAAAUUCAGUCGUAGAGUCAUGGACUCACAGAAUUGUUUGAGAUUAAAGGGACCUUUGAAGAUCAUUUAGCCCAACUCUCCUGCAUUGAACAGGGACAUGUCAUCCUCUGUUAUCAGUAAAAAUAAUAAUAAUAAUAAUAUAAUGUUAGCACUGUUAACAGUUUGGCAAACCAGCAAAAUUCUGGCAGCUAUAGACCUGAGAGUAUUCUUGGACAAAUUGCAAUGAGUUCAGCUGCAGUGGUUAGAGGGCUUCCACCUCCAGAGCAAUCAGUAGAAACUGUGUAUUUAUGUGGUAUAAUGAUAAAAAUCUAUUGCAAAUAAUCAAAAACCUUCUUGCCCAGCUGAAACCACACUUUUAUAUAAACAGCUGGAUCAGAUUUUGAGUCCAUGGGGGCUAAAAUCCUCCAAGUUACACAGUUGCAAUUUCCACCAAAAGCUGUGUUUUGUUUGCUGUGUUGAAAAGAUAACGAAAGGAAAAGCAGUAUGGUACAAAGUUCAAAGCCAUUUGAUUUUUUUUUAAUAAAUAUGAACUUCCACAGUGCCACAAAUACCUACUGUGAACAUUUAAAGGGAAUUAACACAGGGAGUCUUACUUUGAGUCAACUAAUUAGAUUGGAAAACUGUUUAGUUAUUAAUUAAUAACCUGACAGUGACAUUAACAUGACUGUUCUUAGAAUCAUAACAUCAUAGAAUGGCCUGCAUUGAAAAGGACCACAGUGAUCAUCCAGUUUCAACCCCCCUGCUAUGUGCAGGGUCUCCAACCACCAGACCAGGCAGCCCAGAGCCACAUCCAGCCUGGCCUUGAAUGCCUCCAGGGAUGGGGCAUCCACAGCCUCCUUGGGCAACCUGUUCCAGUGCGUCACCACCCUCUGGGUGAAAAACUUCUUCCUAAUAUCUGACCUAAACCUCCCCUGUCUCAGUUUAAGACCAUUCCCCCUUGUCCUAUCACUAUCCACCCUUGUAAACAGCCGUUCCCCCUCCUGUUUAUAUGCUCCCUUCAUGUGCCGAAAGGCCACAAUGAGGUCUCCCUGGAGCCUUCUCUUCUCCAAGCUAAACAAGCCCAGUUCUCUCAGCCUUUCCUUGCAGUGGAGGUGCUCCAGCCCUCUGAUCAUCUUAGUGGCCCUCCUUUGGACCUGCUCCAAGAGCUCUAUGCCUUUCUUGUGCUGGGGGCCCCAGGCCUAGAUGCAGUACUCCAGAUGGGGCUUCACAAGAGCUGAGUAGAGGGGGAUAAUCACCUCCCUCUCCCUGCUGGCCACUGUUAGCAUAACUCCAUGCGUUAGCUGAAGUAAAUAUUGUGUAGGAUCAUGUCUCAUUGUGGCUGUGCUCAAUUAUGUGAUGUGAAGGUUGAGAAAAGCUGUUUGAAGCUGCUUGGUCUUGUUUUUCCUGAGAGGGAGAAUACGUGUGCUGACAGUAAGGACAAGUUGGGGUCUUAGCACCAUUUUUAGGAAUAUCAAAGCUUCUUCUUUUGGACAAUUUCUUGAGUGCUUACAGUGAGCACAUAGAUGUGAAGAUGCUCACCUGGAAGGUUUCCAGUGGCCAAGGUGCCAUUUCUGUGCCUUGAAAUAGGCAUUUGGACUAUACUGCUUAACCAGACUUCAUUGGAUUUUGCACAGGUAUCUGUCACUUGUGGACCUACUUCCUCACAUGGAUUUCUGUGUACUUAAAAUGUGCACUUAGAAAAACACCAUCAUCCAUAGAUUCUGAAGAUUCUGAACUUGUCUUGAAAUAUUUCUCUCCAUUAGCCACUCUCUUCUAUCCUGUCCUUUGAAUCCUGAAAGAGGGGCUUCCUUAGAGCUGCCAAACACAUACCUAGUAAUUUGGUUUGCCCGUGUUUGUAUGUCAAGAGGGCCUUUUUCUCAUCAAAGGACAUGACUCACAGCAGAUUGGAUGUGCCACAAAUGUUGUUUGUACAUAAAGAGUACAAGCCUUUGGGGACUUCUGGAGGGGAAGAGGGCCUGAUCUUUGCAACAAAGAUUUGGUGUUUUUUUCAUCACUGUCCUCAAACCCAAGUAAUUUAAUGACAUCUAAUACUGGCAGCUGCUGAAUUUCCAUGGCACACCCUUUACACCUCCCAAAAAUUCUCCCGAUUUGUAACUUAGAUACAUAUCAACUAUCUUAAUAAACACAUCAUGUCUUAAACACCAGUAAAAUCCAGAAGCUAAGUCAGCACUUGGUUAUAUCUCUCCACUGAUGGUUAUUUUUUCAGAAUAUGUCCAUUACUAUUCUUUGCUCCAGAAAGGUAGAAAGUUUCCCUAGUACCUACAGAAAAGGUAUCUCUAAAUGAGGAGUGCUACAGAAUUGCAUGAUUUUGUUUGCAGUGUGUGUUCUGGCGUGUAGAAAAAAUAGCUGCUUUCUUCUAAGUGUAUUACAGAGGUGCUUGUUUUAGCCAGGCUUGUCUCUUCAGCAAGUAUUCAGCUAGUAUUCAUUUUACAGGUGUGAGCCAAUGCUGUAAUAGCAUUCACUUAUUUGCAUGAGUGACUGCAUAAGGCACACAAGUGGUGCAGAAUGCACUGCAUUCAGAAAUGCAACACUGUCAUUUUAUGCACGACUCAUACGUUUGGGUUUGAAUUACUUUUCGAAGCAAAAAGCUGAAAUAUACCUUUUUCACCUAUUAGGAAAAAAAAAAAUUGAUGAGGAAAGGAAAAUACUCAACAUGAUUUGCUCUGUUGUAGGUAAAUAAAAAACAAACACAGGCUCGCAGAGUGGUUUAGGUUGGAAGGGACCAGUGGAGGUCAUCUGGUCCAACCAGCACCCUCUUUAGCUUCUACUGUUCAUUUUCACUUGGUCCUGUUGACCCUACAGGGAGAUCUGUUGUCUUUGCACAUAUGCAGAGUAAGGCCACGGAUCUGUUGGCACUUAAUGCACGCGCUUAGCUUCAAACAGCACUUUAGUCCUUCUUUGUUUUCACAUUUAUAUGUAAGCCUCCAGAAGACUUGGGUGGGUAGAAGUUGUUCCUCACGUGAAAGUUGUCUUCAGAUUGGUCAUUGAUGAACUUCUGAAUGCUGUACCUAUGAAUGUUGUUCUCUUGCCAGUAUUGUGUGUGCAUGCGUGUAUAUAUGCUGUAGGUAGUCGGUGGCGUGUGUGUGCAUGCACACUUGUACAUAUAUAUGUAUAUAUACACCCUGGUUUUGCCCAAUGUAAGGACACCAGCUUGUGUGCAGAGCCAAAAAAAAAAAAACUUCAAUGUAUACAAUGCUUGAGAUGCUGCAUUGUUUUUAUGAUAAUAUUUUUUAUAUGAGAUGAAUGGCAGGAUGUUUACAGAUGCUUAUUAAUAUUUAACUUAUACAACGGUGUGGCAGGAUGUCUAUGGUUGUUGUCAGCUAAAGAAUUGUACAAGAUUCUAGGUGAAAUUUUGGCUUUGUGGAAAUCCUUGGCAAAACUCCCAUCGAUCUCACGGCGGCCAAGAUUAAACCCCUCUGAAUCUGUUGUUUAACGGCUGUUUUCCUACUGUGAUAUUAUUAUUAUUGUUGUUAUUUGUUUUGGAAUGAGUGAAAUGUAUUUAUUUUUCCCAAUGUGAAAUUUGCAGUUGCUGUUUGGAUUUUUCUAGAGAACCUGCGAAAUACAACACGUGGGAAUAUAUGCCUCAUCGAAUGUACAGACUUUUUCAUUGUUCUGGUCCUUGAAUAUGCCUAUGAAAAUCACUUCUAAAAGACCUUUUGUAAGAUUUAAUACGGAAUCUUCUAAAAAUAGAUCACAUUUCACACCUCUCUACAAAGUUGGCAUGUUGCGUGGUAAGCGAAAAUGAAGAACUACUUAUUGGCGAAUAGAAAGAUGUCCCUUCUCUUUUCUAUACCUACUGAUUUCCUACAGCUCGCCUGGCUCUGCAGACCUGGAGUGAGUCACUUUAAGUACCUUAUCCAAAAGUACCUUAUCUAAAAACAUCCUUUAUAUUCCAUACAGCUUUAAACUUCUCGAGACGUGGAGGUAGCUUCAGAGCUAGUCUGAAGGAUGACUCCUGUAAUGUUUCACAAGUGAAUAAAAUUAUGCAAUUAUUAGGUGGGAGGGUAAAUCAGAUAACCGCUUGAUAUUAGAGAAAUGGCUUGUUUAGAGACAGAAGGAUCAGUUCGUCAGUAGCAGCAGGGAGGAAAAUUACUGUAACGCAGUGCUUCCUAAAUCCCUUUCCAGGGUAUCCAUCAAUUGUGAAUGCUACGAGUUUAUUCUUCCUGUAAAAAGACAGAAGGCUGUGAAACAGCCGCAUAAAUACAAAUUCAUUUCUUCAUCUAAGGCUAAAAAUAUUGUUUUCAAACAAGAGCUGCCAUGCACUUCAAAAAAUAUCUGUGCAGGACGGGUAAGUUUGUAAUCAUAGAAUCAUAGGAUGGCCUGGGUUGAAAAGGACCACAAUGAUCAUUGAGUUUCAACCCCCCUGCUAUGUGCAGGGUUGCCAACCACUACACCAGGCUGCCCAGAGCCACAUCCAGCCUGGCCUUGAAUGCCUCCAGGGAUGGGGCAUCCACAACCUCCUUGGGCAACCUGUUCCAGUGCGUCACCACCCUCUGAGUGAAAAACUUCCUCCUAAAACUUCAUCCUACCUAUUAUCGUAGGGAUUCAUCCCAGGGACACAGCAGGACUUGUAAAAUGAGGUAUUUAUCAACAAUAUUAUCAGUAUGUUAUCAUAUUACCCUGUAAGGCGCAUUCUGAUGACCUCUGUAACAGAACACACCCACCACUCCCAUGCAUCUUCUGCUAUACUUUUGUUUAAGAAAAGAUAAUAUUCCAAUUCACACUCUUCCUAUUGCUAAUGAGGAAGGAAGCAUACAGCUGGUUGAACUUUCCAGGAGUUUAUCUAUGUUAGCUAUAGAAAUCCCAAAAGGAGCAGCAGUGGUGGCAAGCAGUGAGCACCUGGAGGAUGCACAGGGCUCUGCCUGGGCUCACUGCUCUGCUAAUGUCAAUCUGACAUGGGCGUUAGCGGGAGCAGCCAGCUUUUCUUUUGCAUGCUCUUUGUCUGUAAUUCUAGAAUGGGCUUCUAGAAUGGACUGAGUGUUAUUUGUCCGAAGGGCUGUGACAUGUACAGGAUAUUGAAGGGAAAGAGGAAGGUGGGCAGGCGUGGGCCACAGGUUCUGCUUUUGGCUUCAUGCGCUGAGGACUGGGGCAGGUGGGUUACCUCUGUGUGCCUCUCUUUCUCUGCCUGUGGGAGGAAGGAUGCUCACCACCUGGUGCAGCCCCCGAGACCUAUAGAAGAGCAGUGGUAUACAAGUGGCUAAGUUUUACUGACACUAUUCUAUGUAGCAUGAAUAACUUUCGUCCAUAACACUGCAAAAAUUGCUUUUUUUCCAGUUCCGGCUCUGACUAUUUAAUGACCUUCUACAUUCUGAGUAGUCAGUUUUGAAGCUUAGCAAUUGCUGUAGUACUGCAAUUACACACAUAGCGGGCUCUGUUUGCCGCAGAAAAGAGUAAAACUUUAAACUGCCUGACAAAACUUGCCAAUGAAGUAUAUCUAACAGAGCAGGGGUGUAACUUUCGGCUUUAUUUACUUGUAAUAAUGGUAAGGAACAGUGAAUUUUGUUUGUUUACAUACUGUUUACAAUGGCACAGUUUUAUUUUUAAUAUAUAAAAACAAUUGAGGUAUUUAUUGCAUAUACUAUUUUAAAGAUGUUUUAUGUGUUUUCACCUUUGGAAUAUAUUGUUACAUUUCCUUGUACAGAUAAUUUGGGUGGCUUUGUUAAUAUAGUUAGUAAUUUUUAUGACUACUAAGUGACCAGUUUUCCGUGCCUUUUUAUUGUUGGAUGCAUGAUUACAUAUUUAUUAUUGUAUGGAAGUCACUGAGAUGUGUAUUUUUGUAUUCUGCUGGAAGCAAUGGUUGAUUUUAUUGUACAUGAUAAAAGAUGCCUUCCAUAUCGGGCGCUCAUACAAGAUCUUCCUUCUCAAAUAAACAGAAUGCAUUCAAUGUA